CAUCCUUAAAGCAUCAGGAAGAAGUACAAAAAAUCCAUCAAUGGGUGCCACCUGUCUAGUUCACUGGAAGGAUGCCAAUGGUCAGCAGUCCCUUACAUUACUCUCUGAACGGCUUCUCAAACAGUUCCAUGCUAACCCCAUUGGCCGAUGGACCAUCAAUUGGAAGGUUUUUAGGGACACUAGUCCCGUCUCAAAAUCAGGAACAGGAAAGAUGCUCCAUGUUGUAUAUGUUCAAGGUGGCGCAACUGCUCGAGGCGUUCCUCCAGGAUCCCAGGCGGCUAACACGUCAGCAGGGAGCGUUUUAAGUGGCACAGGUGCUGGUCUAACUGGAAAUACAAGUGCUAUAGCGUCCAAUGGUGUUGGGAGCGCAAUAUCAGGGAUGGCAGCUGGGACUGGGGGGAUGGGCUUGAAUACGGGAUCAAGCAAAACUGGACUAGGUAUUCUUCCACCGGGCGGGCCUUCUGCUAACAUAGUAGGAGCAGGAGCGGGUGUAGGGAAUAUGGGAGGAUUGACAUCAGCGCAAGCAGCUGCUGAUUCAUACAAUUCAACAGCAUGGUGUCUCAUUGAUGAUGGUGCUGUGGGACUGACGUCGGCAUCUGCAGCUUCUACAAACAAUGUCAAUACAUCUUCGAACACGGCCGGUGCUGAUGCAGCAGGUUCAAAGAAAAAGGCUGUCCUGGUCGAAGUCGAAAAAGACAUUGAAGCGCUCAUUGCCAAAUUGAAGAAUCUCUGGGUCCACCGACAACAUGCACAAGUUGAGGGGUAUGUUUUCGACCUGGGUGAUUUUAUUGUAAGAGCAGGAAACAUUAUGGUUGCUUCAACGAGCUAUAAAGGGAUGUUAAUUGAGAUCGAAUAUCUCCCACAAACAUCUAGCGCCAUAGCUUCCAAUGCCAUUCUCGAGGAAUUUGUCCGCCUAAUUUCUCCACCAGGAGUGACACUUUAUUCUCCACAAAUGCUUGAUUAUCCCUAUGAGCAAGUUGGAUUGGAUUCAAAGCACUGGUCCAUGCUCCAUUCUGGUUUCCAAUAUAUGACUCUCUUUAGGAGACAGCACAUCCUGUAAAAUAAGACUAUUGACAGUUUUUCAACAUUUUUAUUUCCAUGUUUUACACUGGUACCGAGAUUUUCAAAAGUUUACAGCGCUAUUAUGAUUUAGAAGAGAUGGACAACGAUUAACAACUUGGCCAUGCUGUCGGUCUUAAUCUCUUGCUUAUGUAUUUAACGAGCGGGCAAAUUUAUAUUCCGAAGACUUACUCUCAUCGUCUUUUUGAGGAGGUUUGGGCAUGCCGCCAGUGCUCCCCAUAUUGUUCAUCAAACCACGAGCACUAGAUAGUCAUAAAGUAGAGCAGAUGAGGCUGAGUGUAAACAUUUCCUGAAAGUAGUUAAUUCAAUUAAAAAUG